CAGGGCCGAAGCGGGAAAAGGGAGCAUUUUGCAGUUUUGUUUUCAUGAAAGUUGUGUGAAUUUGAUGCUGACGACGUUUGUUGUCUAGAAAUUUCAAUAGUGACUUGGCUUGUGGAGGAAUUUGGACUGAUUUGGUGGCGAUCCUUUACUCUAUUCUGAACGAAUUCAGAACAUUUUACAAAUAUUUAGUGUUUCAUAGGUUUUGACAUAAAAAGUAGAAUUGAAUCGGAAAGGGAUUGGUGAAAAUCUGAAGAAAUUAUCCUGACUAGACGAGCAGAGGUCAAUAUGGCUAAGGUGCACAUCACGAACGUCGUAGUAUUGGAUAAUCCUAGCAGCUUCCUGAACCCGUUUCAAUUUGAGUUGACGUUCGAAUGCAUCGAAGAACUGAAGGAAGAUCUGGAGUGGAAAAUGAUCUACGUCGGUUCAGCAGAAUCAGAGGAAUUUGAUCAGGUACUAGACACAAUCUACGUUGGACCGGUUCCUGAAGGACGACACAUUUUCGUCUUCCAAGCUGAUCCCCCAAAUGUUGCUAGAAUUCCUGAACAAGAUGCCGUUGGAGUAACAGUAGUACUAUUGACCUGUUCCUACCGGGGACAGGAAUUUGUACGAGUAGGAUAUUUUAUCAAUAACGAAUAUUCGACGCCUGAACUACGGGAAAACCCUCCAGCCAAACCACUAUUCCAGCAAAUGACCAGAAAUAUCCUAGCUUCAAAACCACGAGUAACGCGAUUCAAGAUAAACUGGGACGAUACACCAGCAAACGGAGCAGGCGGAUCGAGUGGAAUCGAGGAAGAAGGUGGUAUGGCCAUCGAAAACAAUGGUACCGAAGAUGCGCAGAUGGACGCUGGUCCAAGCAACAUCGGUAUGAUAUCCGAAGUUACUCAAGAUGACAACAGUAUGGCCUUACCGAGGGAGUUCAACGAAAACUCCAACUCGCUAGCAAUGGAAUGCUGAAAAGUGGCCUGUGGAACAGUCUUUAGUUUUUUUUAGAUAAGGGUUCAUCGUACGUGUUCUGUUGAGUUUUCUUUUCGGUGUGUCCUUUCAUCGGUUGUUCAAUGAUAAAUAAAAAGCUGAUGAUUAUUCAUAUGAA